CAUGAAUCCAGUCCCAAAUUGACGGGUAUCACAUCAGAGUAGACUGCCAGUGAACGUUAUUCACCCUGCAACAGUUCAACAGUUGCUGCAGUUCCAAUGUUCACAGCUUUGCUAGUCAAAUCACUCACUCACCUUAUCCAUGAAGGUCAGAGCACUACGUCCACUUUUGGGUACUUGUGUAUGACUCUACCAUAGACAUGGCGUAAUAUGAGUUUGGCACUUAAGUGCAUUGCAUUCUUGGGAAGAUCAGUAUCUUAUCACAAGAAUGUGCAUUUCUUACCCUUUGCACUGAAUAUAUAGGUAGAAGGCGAUAAGGUGGUGAAUGUGAAGUUCUGAGGUCGCUUUCAAUCGGUUUUGGUGGAGGCGGCGCAGGCACGUGAGUCAAAUUCCUCCCGACCAUCGCGACUUGAACCUGAACACAAACUUAAGAUCCGACCUAUCUUGACCCAGCACCACCGACGACGAUACCUCGAGCGCAUCUUUCCGCAUAUCCACGAUACUUAGCGUCCUGACGAUUCUUUAGAUAGCGAAAACUGCGAGACUUGCCCUGGAGUGACUCCUUCACUUCACACGUCGAUGGUUCACGCCCUAUCUGAGCUUCAGGUUCGCGGCGGGGGGAUCUAGGAAUUUCGCGCGACACCACUGCGCAACAUCAACGAUGGCGGAGACGACGGAAUUCAACGAGAUAGACUGGAAGACCCAGGAGCAAGAAGAUGAUGCGAAUCUUCAGAAGCUCCUGGCAGAAAGUCAGCAAGAUGGAGCAGGGGCGCUCUUUGAUAUGAAUCGACCUCUGGAGACGGGAGAGAAAGCAGAUGACGCGGAGGACUUCGAGGACAUCAGUGACGAUGAUUUGCCCGAAGAAGAGAAAGCUGCUGGAGCAGGGGAAGGUGAUGUGCCAGGUCUUACUGAUGAUAUGGGAACGAGCCACGAUACCGAUGACUUGUUUGGUGAUGGUCGCGGCUCUUCGCCCUUUGACGAAUUCGACGACCAUGACCCUUACCGGCCAAAUGGUGUACCUCAACCCAGUAUCAUCAACGCAGGCCUUACGCUACCAUCUCCUGAAGAGGAAGAGGAAAUUGACCUGCGUGAGCUCAACUUCCCGGAACAUCCUCGAACCACCAACCAAGAUCCAUCCAUCCCAGCGCCCGCUGAAUCCGAAGAGGAGUUAUUGAAACAAUCUUGGCCAGGAUUCCAGCGAGGGACCAUAUUGAACUGGAACCAGCUCCUACCUCCUAAGCCUCGCCAUAUUAUCCCAAAAGCCCCAGAGAAACUCCCCAGACCCGUGAACCCCACGAAGGCCAGCUUGGACCUUGCACCGGAUGAGGAGAAGUCAUUCCGUAAUGCAGGUCCGGCGACAUCAAACAAACGCAAGCGGGUCCAAGAGGCCGAGGCGAAGGGGUUGGUUGCUAUAGUAGAUGAAUCUUCGGCUGAGGAGGAUAACGAGGAAGCUCUCGAUUACUCAAUACCCUCUCCAAUUGGUGGUGUGUCUUGGACCGACCUAGAGGUAUUAUGUGGGGAUUGGGAAUCAAAGAUAGAUCAGCUUCAGCCUCAACCUAUUGAGCAGCCUGAGGAGCUUGACGAAUGGGAGCGAGAGAUGUACGAGGGUCAGCCAACAAAGCGCAGAAAGGUUGUGCCCGCGGAGAGGGAUAUCAUUAAUGCCCCUCGUUUUCCUGCACCCUCAUUCGAUAACUUUGAGGCCGCCACAAAAACAUCGGCUAAGCGCGUACUUCUCGACCUAAACGAUCCACAUCUUUUGCUAGAUACAUUGGAGUACAGUCCUGUAAAACGUCAACGUCUCAAUGCUACCGCCAAAGCUAGUAAAGGUGGAUUUGCUUCAUCGUUUGGUUCGAGAUUCAACAUAUCGAACGAUGAGGCAUAUGACGCUUUGAAGGAGAACCAUCAGAGCAAGGUUCGCGCAACUCUUGGAAACGUAGCCCUCGAGCACAGUAUGCCAGCUCUCAGAUUGCAAUGGCCAUACUAUCUUUGUAGGCUUCUGGUGAACGAUGCUCGAUCCUUUCACAGACCAUCCAUCAAACUCGAGAAACUUCUUAACCAGCCGAAUCAUUUUUCAAAGCCUGCUAUGCGUAAGAAGAAACAAGUCAAGAACAUGCCAACACAGGAGCUGUUCAAGGAAUGCAAGGAUCUUUCUCUCGCAGAUCACUAUUCGUCUGCUACUUUACUUGAGUACUCUGAGGAGCAUCCUAUUAUUCUUUCCAACUUUGGUAUGGGAAACCGUAUCAUCAAUUACUAUCGGCGAAGGGACGCGGACGAUAGUGAACGCCCCCAGCCAGAGGACAAGGUGGGUGAUGUAACUCCAUUGUUGCCAGAGGACAAAUCUCCUUUUGCGAAUUUUGGGGAGGUCGACCCUGGUGAGUCUGUUCGAACGAUCCACAAUUCCAUGUACAAAGCGCCUAUCUUCAAGCAUGAGACGAAAAGCACAGACUUUCUUAUGAUUCGUGAGACCACAGGCAUUGGUGGAUCACAUUGGUAUGUUCGUAACAUUGACCAUGUUUUUGCUGUGGGACAACAGUUUCCUUCCAUGGAGAUUCCUGGACCACAUUCUCGUCGCGUCACAAACGCUACCAAGACCCGGAUGAGGAUGAUUGCUCUCCGGAAAAUGAAACAUAGUCCUACACAUUCAUUGAGAAUCCAAGAAAUUACAGAGCACAUCAAGGACUCUCAAGAUUCACAAAAUAGGCAAAAGAUGAAGGAGUUUUUUGAUUAUGAUAAAACCGACAAGGUGUGGAAAAUGAGAGAAAAUGAGCAAAUCCCAGAUGAAAGUGUCAUCAGAUCAUUCAUCAAGCCAGAAGAAGUUUGUGCCCUUCAGGCCAUGGAGGUUGGCACACGACAGUUGCAGGAUGCUGGCUACGAAGUUGAGGAUGAAAAGAAGACAGCUGGAGGCGAUAAACAACCACAAGAAGACGUUGACGAACCAGCUGAUGAAGGACAACUGGAGAAAAGUUUGACGCCGUGGAGGACCAGCAGAGCGUUCCUGGAUGCAUCUCAAGGUAAGGCCAUGCUAAUGUUACAUGGAGGAGGCGACCCAUCUGGCAAUGGAUUGGCAAUCAGCAUGGUUCGCACAUCUAUGAAGGGUGGCUAUCUUGGUGCACUUCAAGGUCCGUCCUCCACUUCUCAAUUGCAGCAGGAGCGUAAGGCCAAUGGAGGUCAUGGCUACAAUGUCAAGAAGCAAGAGGAGAAGUAUCAAAGUGCAAUUCGUGAGAUUUGGGACAAGCAAAAAGCAAAUUUGAGCGACCCGACUGAAUAUGAAGAGAACGAAGAUGAAAAACGUGAGCAGAUAGAGGAGGAUGCCAGACUGGCAGCUAUUCAGACCCCUCACUCGAUGCAAACUCCAGGUCCGUACGAUGAUUCAGCUAGUAUGGUGAGCGGUCACAGCACACUUAACCACUCAGGAAAGGCGCUCCGAAUUACUCGAAAGGUCAUAAAUCCGAAUACUGGACUAGUUCAGGAGGUGGUUGAGCUCAUUAGAGACAAACGUGUCUGGAGAGAAUAUCUCAAACAAGUUCAUGAAAGAGAUUCUAAGAGCACCAAGUACGUUGACUGUGUCAUAUUUGUGUUAUUUGAGCGCAUACAACUAACAUAUACUAGUAUCUACAACAUCAAACCCACAGGGCAAAAUACGUGGGAUGCGGCGGAGAAACUACGGUAUGAGCAGUAUGGUGUAAACAAUCUAUGUCUGACACAAGCUUACAUAUUGAAUAGCAUGCAAAAGGAGCUUCUCCGUUUGGAACGUAACAAAGAGCGCAGACAGGCUCGUGAAAGACAGAAGAGCAAUCAACUGAAGAAGGCUGAAAAGGCUUCUAAUGAACCUGACGUUGCUUCUCCAUCUGCUACUGCCACUCCGACUCCCUUGAUAAACGAAAAGGCAGCUGGAACAACGAGAAAGUGCAACAACUGCGGUCAGGCUGGACACAUCAAAACAAACAAAAAGUACUGUCCCAUGAGUCCAGAUUACGACCCCUGAACGAAAAGAAAAAGCUUUCUUCAUCUUCUCAAGUGAGAUGGCAUCGACAUUCGGAAAUCAUUCUGCGUCACAACUGCUUUCUCAAUCGCUAACUUUACACCUUAGGCUAUGUCCUAAAUUGAAUGGCACAAUGAAGGCAGACGACACUGCUCCCAACCUUUUUUCCUAAUCUCUGAGCAGGUCCUCCUCCCAAAUUCAUCCCCACCAUAAUAUCUUUCAUGAAAAAACACACACUCUCCGAAAAAAAGCCACCAUCAUGCCCUUUCUCCAAGAGCAAUCACCCCCACAUUUCACCCCAGGAUGGAGAAUGGCUCUGAGGCUGUACUCAACAUUGCUGGUAGCUGGCCCAUGGCUCUUCCUCUUUUCUUCUCUCAACCAAAACACUUGUAACAGUACGAACAAAAAUUUCAGCACACGACUACAAUAAUGCAUCAGGAGCGGAGUCGCAUAGCAUGGAAAUGCAUUUGGCGUUUGGAGGGCUUCAUUUAUGGCGUUUGGAGCGAAGGUUGACAGUGCAUGCAAGCACGGACGGGAAUUUGAAUUUUGCAACCCUUUUUUCUUGUUUGGGUGGAGUAAUUAAUCUCUGUGGCCAGUAAGGAAGAGACGUUUGGGGGCGCGCUAUUGGGGUUUGGUAUUCACGCUAGAUUGAUGAGAGAUAUGGAGAUGGAUCAGUGUGCGGUGUUAAUGGGUGACUGAAGGAGGUCAUGGUCUUGAGAAUUAUGGAUACCCCAGCGUUUCAGUGAAAUUGAAAGCCACGUUUCGCCGUCAGUCUUUGGUCGUAUUUUG